AUGUCGUCACCGGAGAAGACGAAGAAGAAAAAGAAGGAGCUGUCGCAGACGUCCACCCAAAUUCCAUCACUUCCUGAUGAUUUGCUAGUGAGCUGCUUCGCACGUGUCUCUAGAUUGUACUAUCCCACUCUCUCCCUCAUCUCCAAGCGCUUUCGGUCUCUCCUUGCUUCACCAAAGGUUUACAAGGCUAGGUCACUCUUGGGAAACACCGAGAAUAUUCUCUAUGUGUGCUUAGACCUAUAUCCUUGUUCUCGAUGGUACACUCUCUGUCAAACCCUAACCAAUGACACCAGUGAGGAGAAGAAGUCCAGUGGGUAUGUUUUGGCUCCCCUCGCGAUUCCCCAUUCUCCUCAUGCUCGCCCUUCGGGUCUCGUGGCGGUUGGUUCAAAUAUCUACAACAUUGAGCACUCUUCUUGUGUGUCGAUUCUGGAUUGUCGGUCUCACACGUGGAGCGAGGCUCCAUGCUUGCGGGAGAAGGUAUCUUCACUUUCUGCUAGCGUCGUUGAUCAAAAGAUUGAUGUUGCAGGAAGAAUCUGCAAAGGUCCCUAUUACUGCAAGAACUCGUUCGAGGUAUUCGACACAAAAACACAAAUUUGGGAUCCUGACCCCAUCCCUUGCGAAUACAGUUUUGUGAACCCCAGAAGUGCAUGUAUUGACGGGAAGUUCUAUGUGAAUGCUGGCACAAACGUGGUUCCUUACGAUUCCAAGGAAGGUAGGUGGGACCUGGAUAGAGGAAAUAUGAAUGAUCAUAUGCAUUUUGAUUGUUAUUGCGAGAUAGAGAACGUUCUCUACUCUGCUUAUUAUGGAGUGUUGAGAUGGUAUGAAUAUAAAUAUUCUUACAUUCUCCCACUUGACCUUUGUGUCGACUUAAUGGUUCAAUAA